AUGGCAUCCAUGAAGGUGACUGGGCAGGCCAAAUAUCCAGCACUUUACGUGUCAGCCAGAGACACGGGUGAGCGGUUUGGACUCCACUAUGUGGAGCCAGGCUGUCGCCCUGUUCCACUGGACUGGGAGAAGCACAAGUCCCAGAAGACAGUCCCACCUCUUAGGGAGGAAGAGACAGACCAGCCCUCCACCCUACAGGUCUCACUACUACCUGUGGUGUUCCACCAUCCUGCUGCCCCUGCGUCCUCUGCAGCACCUUCUGAAGGGAACAUCUCUCAGGAGAUAGACGUAGCACGUGUCCUGGUGUCUCUCAGUGCUGAGACCUGUGCCUUUCCACCAACAGAGAAGCUGGUGGAGCCCUCACACUGGUUUGCCACUCUAAAAAAAAAAUACACAUCGUCUGAGAGAGAUCUGCUGAGCACUUCCCCACUGCCCCUGACAGCCUCUCCCGUGCUGCACGCACAGGACCCGUUAAAGACUGGUGGACGUAUCUUCGUACUGGACCAUGGCCGGUGGACGCAACCCAUGAGAGAUGCCAUUGAUGGACUUCUAGCAAAGCACCAUGGGAAGAAAGACAUGCUGAAGCAGGUGGAUGCUGACUAUGCUGCCCUUGUGCACAGAUCUUGCAAAGACCCCAAUAGGUCUCCUUCAUCCAACCACAAGGCAGCAUAUCUCUCGUUAUGUGAAACACCUUGCCAAGCUAAUAAACACCAGCUCCUCCUUGAACACCAGCCCAGAGAAGCUGUUGGAGACGUUGUUGGCAAUGUCUGA